AUGUAUCCAGGACUCUCAGGCGCAUUUAUUCCUGAACGUAAAAUGAUUGACGUAGAUGUGAGGAAAGAGGAAAGCAUCCUUGAUAUCGCCCCUCGCUUCGCAGCCUGCGCUUCAAACGGUAAUGAUGCCAAGGUAACAAUCUUCCCAAUCGAAGGUAGACCAAAAUUCGGACUUUUCCAGCCACGCAUUAAGUCUUCCGGAGGAUCAGUUACAGCUGUUGCCUUUUCACCAUUCGAGCCAAAAUUCAUUUACGUCGGAACAAGUGGCGGAGAUAUUACAUCAUGGGAAAUUCCAGAAAAUGGCUUAGCAUGCGACCUCUCAAAGCCUCUCAACAAGUACGAUUCUGGCAGCGAAGUUAAAUCAAUGGCAAUUCAUCCGACAGCCAAAACAUUACUUGCUGCAGGCCUUCGCUCCGGUCACGUUGUUAUCCUUGAUGGAAAUCUCAACGUCGUUGCUGAUCUUGAGCACACUCGUCCAAUCAAUGCCGUUUCAUGGUCAUAUGACGGCAAAUAUGUUUACGCCCUCCACGUCGACAUGCUCUUGAGAAUCUGGGAUGUCCGCGCCAAGUCAAUUGUCGUAGAGAAGAAGAUUAUCAACUCUCGCGCUGUUGGCUAUCUCGAGCCACUCCCAGGCGACAGAAUUGCUGUCUCCUACAACGAAAAGAAGCAAGAAGUACGCAUCCUCAACCACCAGCUUGAGGAAGUUGCUGCUCGUACCUUCGAAACAGCUCCAGUUCCACUCAGACUUCGCUACCACUUCACAGGCCUCCUUGUUGCACAAACAUGCAAGGCUACAAAGAUCAACUUCCUCAACGCCAAGGACUUAUCCGACGUUUACGAGUUUAACUGCCCAGAUAUGAUCUUCGCAGCCGCUCCAGAGAUCAUCCAGCCAGAUCCAGAUGGCGACAGACUCAUGGAUCUCACAGUCAUCAUGGCCGGAAACGUUGCCCAACACCUCAGAUUGACAGUUGACAAAUCCCAUCUUCCAAUCAAGUUCCCACCAAUGCCAGUCCUCGAGACAGAGCUUACAGCCGAGAAGUAUAUGGCCGGCGAGAACUUCGAGCUCAAGACUCUUGCACUUAAUCCAACAGUCAAAGAGGAGGAAGUUGUCGACGAGGGACCACAAGAAGAAGUCGUUCAGAUCGUUACAAGAUACCGCUACCUCAACGCUGAAAGUGACCCACCACGUAACUACUUUACUUAUCUUCCAGUUGGCAUUGUCCCGAACAUGGAAUUCAACGAAAUCUGCACAAACGGCAAGCAGUUCGCUUUCAUCGGACAGGGCAAUCCAUCUCAAAUCUGCUUCAUGAACCUUGAUAAGCCAACUCGCUAUCCAAUCAACGGAGCUCCAUGCAUCAAGGAUCCACACAAGAGCACAGUCUCAUACAUCACAUACUCACCACAUAAUCCAAAUCUCUUAAUGUCUGCUGGUGAUGAUGGCAAGAUUCGCCUUUGGGAUGUUCCUGACGUUCUCAAGCAGGAUAUCACAGAGCCACGCAUUUCCCUCCAGAUGCCAAAGCGUGUCGGCCUUACCAAGUUCUCAGACGCUGUCCGUAACCUUGUUCUUGCCACAUGCCUUACACCAGAAAUCGCAAUCUGGGAUCUCAACAAGGAAAAGCAGAUCAGAUCCUUCCAGAAGCAAUGCCCAUCUGUUGUCCAAGACUCAACAUUCAACUCAUUAUCUAACGCAGUUUACUCGGUCUUCAAGGACGGCACAGUUUCUGUCUUCGACCCAAGAUCAGAGGAUCCAGUCGUCGCUACAGGUCAGUGCCAUCCAGGACCAAGACAUCGCAGAAUUCUCGACCUUCCAGAUUACAACCGCUUUGCUACAUUCGGUGUCAGCAAAAAGGGCUGGCGUGAGAUCUCCAUCUGGGAUCCAGCCAACCUCUCUGCUCCACUCAAGACAGUCGAAUUAGAUACACAGUCCUCUCCACUUCUUCCAAUGUACGAAGAAGGCAGUGGCGUCAUCUACUGCGGCGGCAAGGGUGACGGCAACGUCCCAUUCGUUGAGUUAUGCCGCGAUGACAGAAUUAUCGCUUGCCAGGGCUCAUACGAUUCAGCAGAACCAGAACGCGGCCUUUGCCUCAUCCCACGCAAGUACCUCGACGUCAAGUCUGUUGAAAUCUCUCGCAUGCUCAAGUUGUCAACAGAAUCUCUUCGUGCUCUUCACUGGAGAACACCACGUAAUCGCCAGGAGUACUUCCAGGAUGAUAUCUACCAACCAUCCCGUGAUACAUCCAACGCUCUCAUGGAAGUCCUCGAUUGGGAGGACGGCCAGACAGAAUCAUUCCCAGAGUUGAACAUCCAGCCAGAGGGAAUGAAGAAGCUCUCAGAGGCACAGCCAAUCGUCAAGCCAAAGGCAAGGAAGUACCUCCCAGGAGGACAGGACGAACAGGAAGAUUUAGCCAACAAGAAACUCACCAUCGAUGAGAUUGUUGCUAUGGCUCCAAAGAUUUCUACAGAAUCAGAUGAUGAAAAGGAAGAAGAAAGUGAUAGCUGGUAA